AUGCCCAAGUCCGGCAAUAAGUGUCCUCUAGGUGAUCAUGAUGGAGAAGUGGAAUUAGAUGAUGUAUGGUUUUCCUAUCCAUCACGCCCUAACCAUAUGGUGCUCAAGGGUAUUAAUAUAAAACUGCAACCUGGCUCAAAGGUUGCUCUUGUUGGUCCAAGCGGUGGCGGAAAGACUACAAUUGCAAACUUAAUUGAAAGAUUUUAUGACCCAACCAAGGGAAAGAUUAUGGUGAAUGGGGUUCCUCUGGUCGAAAUAUCACACAAGCAUUUACACAGAAAGAUCAGUAUAGUGAGUCAGGAGCCUACACUCUUCAAUUGCUCCAUAGAGCAGAAAAUGGCCAACGCGCAUGAGUUUAUAUCAAAAUUCCCCGAACAAUACAAGACAUUUGUUGGAGAGCGAGGCAUAAGUCUUUCAGGAGGACAGAAACAGAGAAUAACAAUUGCCAGAGCCUUGCUUAUGGACCCAAAAAUUCUCCUACUGGAUGAAGCCACUAGUGCCUUAGAUGCUGAAAGUGAAUACUUAGUGCAGGAUGCUAUGGAUUCUAUCAUGAAGGGAAGGACAGUUCUAGUCAUUGCUCAUAGGUUAUCAACGGUGAAAACUGCUAAUACCGUUGCAGUUGUUUCUGAUGGUCAAAUAGUUGAGAGCGGUACUCAUGACGAGCUUCUAGACCCUUUGAGGACCUAUUCUUAA